AGAUGCUUAUAACGAUGCGUUACCCCCUCCUGUGUCAAUUGAUAAAGAAAGUAGUAGCCACUUCAAUAAAAUCAAACGUAAUCCUACUCUAUCGACUAUAAAAAUGCUAACUCCACCGCAUAAGUACUCGCUCGCAGACCGUGGUUGGCCUCGGUGGGUGUCCGCGUGUGCCCGGGGCAAUCACUUUUACCAUGUUUUUCAUCUCUUCUUAAAGGUAAACUUUUGGUUGGGUACUAUCUCAAUACAGACUGUCUACUCGUACACGUACCAGUAUCAAACGAUCUCAUCAAAAGGAGGCAAAGCGCCAUCAGUUUCUGCGGCCGCCGCCCCGAGCAGCGUUACGAAUGAAGGUAAACAAUGGCGUGUUGUCGGCGUACGACACAUCCCACUUUUUGACAAGACUGACGCACCAAAAGAAGUUCUUUUCGGACAGUUGCAAGGAGCGGUGAGUAGAGCUAACCGCGGUGGAAAAAAUCAUUUUGCGCACGAUCUUACACAAAAAUCCCCGUCAGAUUCAGAAGUAGCUGGUGAUAACGACGGAAAGACUACAGGCGACGAAAAUUAUGAUGUUGAGCCUCGUAGUGGUCAACGUCAACAUUUCUCGGCGUCCUCAUCAUCCUACCUCGAAGCCGGCAACAAGCAUCGGCUGGACGAUCGUCAGCACACGACGGAAAAUAAAAUAUCAUACCCGACUCGCCGGGAACGCAGGGAAGCAAGAAAAGUGUUGCGCGCUCAGUUGUACGACCACGAAAAAGCGCUUCAUACUGGCUCCACGGCCGCCGACGAAGAUAUUAAAUCCGAUUCGCUCUCCUGCGGUGGAGGAUCAUGCCAGAACCUCGUUUACAACCCACUGUUCUGGCUUUUAUCCCUGUGCUUCGUCUCGCUGGUCGCAAGCAUGGUGAUUUUACUGUCGUAUCUGCUAGGAAGCAGGAACAACGGGAAUGAGCAAAGCGAGGACGACAAAUUGAACAGUACCUACUCCAUCUUUGAUUCCAACGGGAAUGUAAAAAGCCCGGGCAGCUGCAGCAAAACGGUCACUUCUUCUAGAAACGGGCACAAAGCGGUUUUGUCCUUGGAAAGUUAUCAUUUCACGACGGUUCCUGGUGUCAGUUUUGGUGAUUCGAGUCAUGAUGCGCAGACUGGUACUACGAGCGUCGAGAAGGCCGGCGUGCUGCAGGGGUUUGGGGUAGUGAGGAAAGUGUCAAAGAAGAAAAAGAAGUCUAGUACUUUAUUGGCAGCUCAAGGUACCACGAAAGGAGGACAAGGCGUCUUGUUGAAAUCAUCCCCCGAUACUAGCGAAUUAUCGUACAAUUCCGGGGGUGUGACGUCCGACGAGGGAAAUAAGUUUAAACAGCCUGGCACCAGCGACUUCGGCACCUCAUCGGAGGAGGUGAGUCUGAAAGCCGUGGGAACAAAGUAUAAGGAGACGCAGCAUAAAAUCACGAGCGAGCAUGUAGACCUGUUUCCGGGGAAGCGAAAGGGAAAUAAAAACAAUCCAUUCUUGCAGCGGUAUGUGGCCACGCAAGAAAAAAAGGCCAAUAAGGCGAACGCGGCUAGUGCUUCUGCUGAAAUCAAUGUCGAGCACCCGCUUGAGCUUUCGUCCUGGAAGAUGAAGAAGUCGCAGGGCAGUAGAGAGAAGCUGGAAGACGCAAAGCGCCGGCGGGAGAAACUAGAUUCCGCUGCGGCGAGGAUUCAGGAGGCGUUUCGGCGUCACCAGGCCGCGUCGCAGGGACUAAAAAACGCGUUCACCGGGUGGACCAGCACAAGUCAGCCCAAAAAUCGCAACGCCGAGGAGGCGACUGUAAACAAACCACUGAAGAAGCGGAGGCGGACGAGUAAGAACGAAGGUUUAGAAGUCGCUGGUGCAGCAGCGCCAGGGCAAGUAGCUGAGCCUGCAGAUGAGCAAGCUCCGGUGCCCGCUGUUGCACAAGUAGAAAAAGCGCAGAGUCUAGUAAUUUCUCAGCCACCGCAGCUGUCGAAGCAAGAACCGACGGAGAAGAAAGAGAAAAAGGAAAAAAAGGAGAAGAAAUCAACGACUCACCCAGAGACCACGGAAUCCGGCGCACGUGAACCAUCAAAACGAGACAAAAGGGAAAAGAAAGCAAAAGAUAAAGAAGAAAAGGCGGGCCCGCUUCCAACGGAAGCGCAGGCGGCUAUUGUUCAUCGACGCGAGCCAUCCAAGAACAAACAAGACAAAGUAGAUCAUAAAGGGCCACUUGACCAUUCCGCCGAAGUGCAAGCUGAUUCAGCAGGGCAGUCCUCGAAGAACGACGCGACGGACCAGAAAGCGAAACCGGAAGUAGAAAGACGAAUAGUCAAAAACUCGAAAAGUCUCGAAAGUGAAGGGCGGAAAACGGUCGACCCCCACCCGGAAUCCGCUGCGGGGGAAAGCCAAGGGCAAGGAAUGCAAGCUGCCGCCGGUGCGUCUUCGCACGGCGCGGAAGGUCAGCAAGCGUCGAAGGUGGGUGGGGAAAAAACACAAGAGCCCGAGAAUAGGUCUGCGCCUCCAGCAUCAAAAAAGGACGUCGCUCGGACCGACUCCACCACGGUGGAUAUUCGGAGUGAUGUAGUUUCUUUCGGAUGAUUCGUGCCUGAUGUGGUUCUCAAGAUAUCAAUCUGUUUCUACCGGCGCGCACACAGUUUCACUGCAUAGACAAAACCAAACAAACACAAACACUCAUCAUUUCUUCCAGGAACUGUUUCGCAGA